CUAGCUUAGUUGCUGCUUUGCGUUGGAUUUUCAAGGGCUCAGCAACCACUACUAGGGCCAGAUUCUGUAAGGCGCUCAGUCCCCAGCAGUGCCCAGCGUCUGAAGAGUUCAGCACCCAGUACGCUGAGCUCCUCAGACAAUCUGGCCACUUACGUAGGAGCCUAAAUGGGAGCUGAGCUCUUUUUGAAAGUCUGGCUCCAAGUGCUCUUGUCCUUCAGCUGGUACCGGUGGCUGCUAUUUCAUAACUCUGUCAGGUGAGUUUGGCAUUGGUGCAAGCAGCUUGAAGGGGCCAUGCCAACGGGGCGGUGGGGACUGAUGCACCCUUCCCAAUCAAAGUCACUGCCCUUAAGUUCCAGAUCCCUGUGCUGGAGCCAUGGGAACCCCCGCAGUAACAAACCCUUGGGCUGACAACUGAACCUCUCUGGCAAAGUAUGGAGCACUUUAAAAAAAUGUGGGCCUCAGGAUGUGUUUGUUUAGUCUGAACCGUUGCUAGCUUCAUUCUUUUGGGUCAAUAAGCUGUGUUUCCUAACCUCCUUGGGAGGGUUUCGUUCUUCUGUCUCUCUCUGUUUGUUCUCAGUUGUCAGCGCUGCUGCUUUCCUGCUCCUACCAGAUUCUGCUGUUGAAUGUGGGAGGAAAACGUGGAGCUGUGACUUGGCUCUUGGCCAGCGUGCGGCACUGCGUGUUGAGAAGCAGUUCCUGCCUUCCGGCGCUGGAUGCAGUGAGAUCAAAGGCACCAGAACAAUGAGCAAAUCCUCCAUACUGAUGCAUUGGGUGAUGUCUUCUACUCCACUUGUGCUCACAAGAACGUCGACAGAGAGAUCGGCUCCCGAACGGGAUUGGAAGCUGACGCCGAGCUCCCUUACCCUGCACGCUGUGAGAGGAUUUGCAUCCAGAACUGAUGGGAAGAUGCAUGGAGGCAGAUGGGAUUCCAAACCCUAGGCUGGCCCCAGCCCAGUGACGAGGCUCCGGAUUGCGUCGGGAAGGUCGGUGGGAGAGUCGGCUGGAAGGAGAGGGGUUGCACACCUUGGGCUCCCCUGUUCCUGCCCUGGCAGGGCACUCAGUUGGAAAGAUGAGAAGUUGGUCCAGUAAAAGAUAUGAGCUACCUUGUCUCUCCGAGAUCCUGGAACCAACCCGGCUACAACCACAGGGCAACGAGCUGGAGGGGACAUUCUAGCAGGCAGACGCACAGCUGCUCUGUAUGUGAGUCUGAGCAGAAGGGCUCUGUGCCUUUUCACGCUGAUUCCCCACCGGAGACGGUGCAAAGCCCUGGGGUAGUGCCCCAGCCCCCAAUCAGCCAUGGUGCUGCCCAUCGCCAGCAGCAGCAUGGAGCUGCAGCAGGACAACGGGCUCUGUGUCCGCAACAACGUGGGCGGUUGCCGGCUGAAGUACGAGGAGCCGAGGAGCCGGAGGAACUCCAUCCCCCCUGUGCAGACUCCCACCGCCAAGCACAUGCUUGCCUACCUGCCCCGGCCCCCGACGGACACCAGCAGAUACGGCGCCUUCCCUCAGAAGCCUGAAAUGAUGGUCAUCCCAAUGGGCCUAUCAGGAGAGAGCCAACAGCAAACAGACCCUGCGACUGAAAAGAAAAAUGCCCUGAUGUCAAACUUUGUCCCCCACUCCUGUGGCUCAAACAUCCCCAAUGACAGAUCAGUCCUUCAGAGGAGGCUCAGUCUGGUGGAGCAGACCAGCACAGGCACGGUGGUACCUGUGAAGCACCGGCCCAGCGUCUCCAUCAACACCGAAGAUCUGCCCAAGUACCGCCGGGCAUUGCGCAAUGAUCCCCUGCCUUCACUCCGGGACAUCAACACCCGGUGGUACCCACGGCAUGCCCUCAGUGUGCCCAACAUCCCCAACUCAGCACGGAAAAAAACACCCACCCGGAGCAUUGUCUCCGUGACCCCCUCAGAGAAACCUCAGAACCGCCGCUGCAAGCUCAUCGACGACGAUCGGCAGUUCAGCUCCGCCAACAAGCAGCAGCGGCAGCGCUAUGUGACCAAAAUGGGCAAGUGCCAGGUGAAUCUGGGCCGCAUCCAGGAAAAGAAGAGGUUCCUGUCGGACAUUUUCACCACCAUUGUGGACCUCAAGUACCGCUGGUUCCUCUUUGUCUUCAUGAUGUGCUACAUCAUCACCUGGGUGGUCUUUGGCAUCAUCUACUUCUUCGAUGCCUGGAUAAGGGACGACAUCAACCACAUAGGAGACCCGGAGUGGAAGCCUUGCAUCGAGAAUGUGGACAAUUUCAUAUCUGCCUUACUUUUCUCCGUGGAAAGUCAAAGGACCAUUGGUUAUGGCUCCCGGAUUGUGACAGCCGAUUGCACCGAGGGCGUCAUUUUGCUGAUGGCCCAGUCCAUCGUUGGGUCCAUGAUAGAUGCCCUCAUGGUGGGAUGCAUGUUCGUCAAGAUCUCCAGGCCCAAGAAGCGCGCCCAGACCUUAAUAUUCAGCAAGAAGUGCGUUGUCUCCCACCGGGAUGAGAAACUCUGCCUGAUGUUCCGCAUCGGGGACCUCCGGGACAGCCACAUGGUGGAUGCGAAAAUAAGGGCCAAACUGAUCAAAUCCAGACAAACCAAGGAAGGGGAGUUCAUCCCCUUGGAGCAGUCGGAGCUGAACCUGGGCUAUGACACAGGGGAGGACCGGCUCUUCUUGGUGGAGCCGCAGAUCAUCUGCCAUGUCAUCAGUGACCACAGCCCCUUCUGGGAAAUGACAGCAGAGUCGUUGAAGCGGGAGCAAUUUGAGAUCAUUGUGAUCCUGGAGGGCAUCGUGGAAGCCACAGGAAUGACAUGUCAAGCCCGGACCUCUUACAUAGAGGACGAGAUCCUUUGGGGAUAUCGGUUCGAGCCCUGCAUGACCCUGGAGAAAGGAGCCUUUCGAGUAGACUACAGCAGGUUUGAGAAGACAUUUGAGGUGCAGACCCCAGCAGCCAGCGCCAAGGAGAUGUAUGAACUGAAGGAGAUGGAAUGUCAGGACCAGUCCACCCUGAGCUUGUACUGGGACCACCUGGUGCAUCCCUGCUUCUCAGCCGAGCUGAAUGAUGUCCUGCAGGAUGAGGGUCCCACUGAGGAACCCCUGGCCAGGCUGGGCAUCCCCAACAUCACGGAGGAGGAAACGAGUGCCGAGUUCCAGAACCAGAUCGGAGUCUGAGCUCCUCCCCAACACAGAGUGACAGGAGACACCCCAGUGCAGUCACUUGUCUGCCCCAAGGACGAGUGCUGCUGCUUUGCAUCCAGACAUGUCCCUGGUGCGAGUGGGGGGAGACGCAAGGGGAAAGGUGCACUGCUGCUCUCCGGCCAACCUGAACGAGCAUCGACGUCCUCCCCAGUGAGCUCUGCGGUGGAGCCAUUGUGUUCUCCCUCCAAUACGGCAGUUGAUGCUGCCUUCCUAUGGAGGAGGCGGUGGGGUUAGAGACCCCUGUAGCUCCCUACUCCAGGCUGGAGUAGGAACAAGGGCUUGGGCCACACGGCCAGGAGGCUGAUCAGCCAUUGACUGUUAUGUGGAGGAAAUGUCACUUUCCCUGUGAGUAUAAGGUGCUGCCCCGGGGUAGGUCAUAAGUGGCAGGGAUCCAACUGGAGACCUCUAGAUCUUAUGGACUGUGCUAAAUAACCAGCUCUGCUAGCUCAGGGGCUGUAGCAGAGAGUGACAGAGCCCCGCUGUGUUGUGUGGGUCACAUGACACAAGAAUUAACAAUCCCACCUUCAGUCACCCCAGUGAGCGCCGCUUGGAGGGGGGCAGGGAGCCCCUCUCCAUAGUCUCUGGUUCCCAUUAUGUCCACAUCAGGCAUCUUAGGGUUUGUACCCGGAGCUGGUGCUGCCCCCAGACGCAGCUCGGGCACUCACGUGGAAGUGUCUCCUACUGACAGUGCCAUAUGGAUAACUCUCUCUGUUCGGUGUGUCCCUCACUCCUCCUUCCCUGCGUCCUCGGACCGCUGUCCCUAACCUCUCAACACAUCCCGCGUCUCCAGGUCCAGCUGCAGCUAAGUGGAAUUAUUUUUGCAAAGUCUUUUGUAAUAAGGUCAUCAGAAAACAAAAUUCAGCAGGUGAUUAAAAUCUCUGAA